AUGGCAGGCGAUCCACACCCAGAAGAGGAUUCGUCUCGGGCUAUCAAUGGCGAGGAGCUGGGGGAUGUGGAAGCAAACCUGCAACCACCGCUUGGUAUUCUAGAUAGAAGGCAGUGGAUCGUGCGCUAUUUAGCUCAGGAUGUCAAUACAGAGCACGCGGACCUAAUAUUUCUGGUCUGUUAUUUCCUGUCGGGUCUCAGUGACUGCGCUGCCUACAGAGCCUGGGGUUGCUUUGUUAGCAUGCAGACCGGAAACACCAUUUUUCUCGGAUUGGGAGCAUCCGACGCUCUUGACCAAACGACUUACCAUUGGCUUAAGGCCCUCGUUUCUAUUCUCUCUUUCCUCGCCGGGGGUGUAGCAUUCUCCAAAACCCAACAUUUUGGACCUCAAACUAGACGCACCAUGCUCAUUAAUUUUGUUUCUCAAACACUCCUAGUCAUCGUAGCAGCAUCCCUACUGCAGUCGGGUCUAAUCGAAGAUUCUGGCGAGGUUACGGACCACCAUGUUUUCCUAAAACUCAUACCAUUGUCCUUGGUUGCAUUCCAAAGUGCUGGCCAAAUGGCGGCAAGCCGACAGCUGGGGUUCUCUGAGAUCCCGACAACCGUGCUGACAAGCCUCUAUUACGACCUGGUUUCUGAGCCUGGGAUCUUUAGGCCGUUUACCCGAAACAGAAAGGCUAACCAACGCCUUACUGCCAUUGUUGGCGUCAUCGGUGGUUCAGUUAUUGGUGGCUCCCUUUCCAAAAGCACAGGGCGGGUUUCACCCUCCCUAUGGAUUGUUGCCGCGUCGAAGUUUACCAUUUCAACCAUUUGGUUUUUCUGGAGCGGGAAUGGGGUUGGUAUAAUUCCAACCCACCACCAUUGCCCUGUAAUGUAUAAUGCCGAUCAGAAGAACCGAUAUCAACGCUCGACGCAGAUUACACAGCCGAGCAAAGAACAUCAAUACCAAGAGCAUCACUCUGUUGUGAGUAAUGAGGGAGGCACGGUGGGUGUUCAGCCGAACAGAGAGAAGCUCCGUCGUCGUCCUUGUUGGAAAAAAGGCAAUCCAUCCGUUUAUUCUCAGAAAAAGAGUUCGAUUGAGCAAGCAGCGAGCGAUGACGCAAUUAUCAAGCAAUAUAGAAAAACAACGGCGGGGAAGAUCCUCACGCCAAGAGCGAAGAAGGGGAUCCAAAGUUCUCAACCCACCAUAGCCGAUGAAUGUAUCGCCCCCUCAAUCACUCAAUCGAUAGAAAGAUGCAAUGGCCAAUUAGUCCCGGAUGGAUCCUGCAUGUCCUCAUCCCGGCCGGUAGCAGCCGGUGACGGCGUGCAGGAUAAUACUAUCCUCUGGCUGGCUCUGCAACCGCCCUAA